UUUUUGACUGGUAGUUGCUGGAACAAUUCUUUGGAAUAAUAGCCCCUGGAUUUUUAGAUGGAAAAGUCAGCAAAGCUUGUGGCAAAAUAGGAUUCAUUUGCCGCCAAGGUUUUCAAUGAUAUUUGCAUGGAAUAUGCAAUGUUCGAAUAAUGUGGGAUAUGCAAACCUGGUUCGAAAAUUAUUUGAACGAACCAAGAGGCUAUACAAUGAUGGGCAAAUGAAAAACCGAUGGGAUGUAUUAAAGAAAAGUAUACCCAAUGGAAGACUUUGAACUUGAGAGCCACUGGAUUGGGAAGGGAUCCUGCUACUGCAGAUGAUGAGAGGUGCUUCCGGAGAUGAUGUGGAUACGGGUGCAUUGUGUGAUGCUACUGCUACCGCUAUGGUUUCCUGAUUUAGUUCUAUCCAUCAUUUAAUGUACUCGGAAUUUAGAAAUUAGUGUUGGUCUAUCUUCCGGUAUAUUUGUGACCUUAACAUAAGAAUUAUUGACUUCUGCUCGUAUUCAGUAUAAAAAUGAGAUAUCAGCUGCCUCGGGGCACUUCAGACAUUUUACCACUCAACCUAGAGAAUCAACUCAAAAUAAUUAGGACUGCCAAUUGCCAAACACCCAGCUUAUCCAGCCCGCCAAUUCUCCAGACAGUUGAUUUAUCACAGAAUCUUGCUUCUCAGAAAAGCGAGGUCUAGAUAAGUGGAAACAUACAGGACCUUACUUUCAGUAUUUGCUGGUUAAGACUUGCUUGGAUGUGUGUGGCAUGGUGCUUUUGUUCUGUUAUUAAGCUAGGAGUUCGGUGAUGACUGCUUUGUUUUCUGCCAAAAUAAAAUGAAUGGGAUCUAAACUAGGGUAGCUUAGAUGGCCUGGAGGUAUAGUAAUAAAUAAGGAGAUAGAUUUUGCUUGAAUAAGGGGGGUUAAAAGGGGUUUGGAGGGUUUCUUGAUAGAGACCAGGGUUGUUGUGCUCGGCAUUCACUGCUGAAUUUGUUUCGCUAUAUCAUGUCCAUGUACAUUGAGCUUCGCUGUGACUAUUGUGCCAAUAUUAUUGCUCAGCAUGCCUGCAAUCUACUCCCCCUUUGUCGUGUUUCUAGACUUUUUCUUUCUAUAAUGUGUUAUACUUCGUGCUGAUUCAGCUGAUAGAUCUGUGUCAUUGAUUUACUUCAUCUUUAGCAACGUUCAUUUUUGUAUAGUAGCAGAUUGCCCCUUUUUUACUUAAAUUCCAUGUUCCAUCCAUCGCAAAAGGCAUUAGCUGAAUAUGGAAAAAAUAUCUUGGGCAUUAGUUGGGAGGGAGGGAGGGAGGAGCAUUUCAUUGCAAGUUAAUUUCUGGGUGCAAAGAUUUAGCUUAUGAUGCUGUCGCCUUUCAUGCCUAUGAUAUAUGAGCUCAAGCAUUCAGCUAUAUGUAAAAAGUAAUUCUGUAGAUGUUUAAAGCAUGCAAUAUUUUAUAACCCCUGGUUUGCUGAUUCUGCAAAAAAUGGUUGGUUCCAUCCUAAUGUUCCUGUCUGACUCUACUGAUAGAUUGUCUAUAAAGGCCUCAGUUCAGAUCAUUAUCAAGCAUGUCUCUCCUUUCAAAGUUACGUUUGAUCACCGUGGACGUGACUGGCACGCUUAUCGCUUACAAAGGACAUCUUGGGGAUUACUACUGUAUGGCAGCUAAGUCAGCUGGGAUGCCAUGUCCUGACUAUAACCGUGUGCAUGAGGGCUUCAAGGUUGCAUACACUGAGAUGGCAAGACAGUACCCAUGCUUUGGAUUUGCAGCAAAGAUGCCGAACAUUGAAUGGUGGAGGACAUGUGUUAAGAAUUCGUUUGUUAAGGCUGGCUAUGAUUAUGAUGAGGAGACAUUUGAGAAAAUCUUCAGGCGCAUUUAUUCUGCUUUUGGCUCCUCGGCCCCAUACUCAGCAUUUCCUGAUGCACUGCCCUUCCUGAGGUGGGCGCGGGUGAAGGGACUCACAGUUGGGAUUGUCAGCAAUGCAGAGUACCGCUACAAAGAUGUAAUCUUGCCAGCCUUAGGGUUGAAUCAGGGCUCGGAAUGGGACUUUGGGGUGUUUUCAGGCAUUGUUGGUGUCGAGAAGCCAGAUCCAAGAAUUUACAAGAUAGCGCUGGAGAUGGCAGGAAAUAUUGCGCCAGAAGAAGCACUCCACAUAGGUGACAGCAUGCGGAAGGACUACACCCCUGCGAGGAGCGUUGGGAUGCAUGCGCUGCUCCUGGACCGGUUCAAGACGGCCGACGCUGAGAGCUGGAGGCAGUCUGGCGCGACAGUGCUCCCUGACCUGGUUGCCACUCAAGAGUGGCUCACCAAGAACCAGAAUGAGGAACCGAAGCACGAGACAGUAGCAGCUCAAGUGCUGAACAGAAUGUCUGAAAAGCUAAAGAUGGGAGCGUAAAGCCCACAGAGAGUUCCUUUUUAUGCGCCGGUUGUGAACUGAAGAUAGGUGAUGGUUCUUGACUACUGGCUAGUGUAAUUAGCCUAAGCUGCUGGCUGUUGUAAUGCCUACUGGGGCUUAUGCUGAUUGCUGAAUAUGACUAGCAAAUCAGUGUCAUGACUGUCUACUGAUGAAGACUUCCUGGUUCCGAUUUCCACCUAUGUGGAUCAAUAAAGAAGAGGAAAUGGAUUUCACA